AAUAUCGAUGUGCACGGAUAUAUUGAUGAUUUUGACAUCACUAGUUUCUACUAGUGAAUGGAAUUUUGGGCAGUCGAAAAAUUCCAAAAACAAAUGCGCGCACACGCAAAAGUGAAAUAAUUAGCAGAAUUUCGAUUCCGAGCGACGUUCGUUUUCUGAAUUCCAAAUGAAGUCAUGAGCAGCAGAUUGUAUGAAAACCAACAACAACAACACCACCAACAACAACGCAAACACAACGAAGUCAGCAGCUAAACAACAAUACAAAAGUCGUUGUCGUGCUAUUACAACAAGAAAAGCUGUAAAAAAAAAGUGAAAUUAAGUGCUUAAAAACGCGAGACAGCAACAACAGCAGAAGCGGCAGCAGCAAAAUGACAUGGUCGCGUCUCGUUUACACAAUAACUCAAAUUAAUUGAAUAUGUUGGCAAAUGAGCAAAACGAAAAUUACGUUAAAAGCUCACAAAUCAAGCGCUUUUAAACGGCUGCUGUUAUUAACAUGGCAGCCGCAUCCGCUGGCCAACAGCUGCAACAGCAACAGCAGCAACAGCAACAGCAGCAUCACAAACUGAACAUUGUUGGCAAUGCGGAAUCGGUUGCUGGCGUGCUGCAGGUCAAUGAGUUGCAACAGCAUCAACAACAGCAGCUCAACAUGUACAAGCAACAGCAACAACAGCAGAUGUUGCAGCAACAGCAACAGCAGCAGCAGCAAUUCUAUCAGCAGCAAACAAAAUUUGUAUCGCGGGUCGUUACAAAUGCCGCAAUGCAUCAACAACAACAACAUCAGCAGCAGCAGCAGCAGCAGCAGCAGCAAAUAUUACCAGCUGGUUUGGUAAAUGGUAGCGCCAACAUGAUGCAAGCUGCAAAUGUUGCUGGGCAGCAGCAACAACAACAAUUGCGCCACAGUCAGCACAUAUUUGUGUGUCCAGCGAUUGGCUCGCCGAUGCAACACCAGCAACAGCAACAGCAGCAGCACCAGCAGCAGCAGCAACAAGCCAAACAGCGUGCAGCACAAAUUAAGUUGCCUGUUAAGUCAGCAGCAGCCGCAUCAGCAACUGUUGCUGCCACGCACUGUAUGCCAGCAACAAUUGCAUCGCGUCAAAUGAGUCAGAACAAUCAACAUCAGCAGCAGCAACAACAGCAGCAACAACAGCAGCAGCAACUCUAUGCAAAGAAUGUGACCAAAACCAACAAUGCUAACAAUAAUGCAAACCACAACAGCAGCAGCAACAACAACAGUAGUAACAGCAGCAGCAGCAGCAACAACAUUCACAACAGCGCAAAUUUGGCUCCAGGCUGGCGUCGACUAACCCACAACAAUGAAGUGGCCUACAUCAGUCCAACGGGCAAAACGCUGCGCACACAAUUCCAAAUCAAGGACUAUUUGCUAACACAGGGUACCUGCAAGUGCGGCCUGCCGUGUCCGCUGCGGCCGGAAUACUUUUUCGAUUUUAAUGCUCAGGUGCCCAACAUGCCAUUAAAGGUGUCGCCAGGUAGCAGCCAAGAGACGACGAUUAUGCCGCUCUGCUCACACCAACGGCACUUGCUCGACUCAGAGCAGUUGCACAAUUCCCAGCCGGCCAAGGAUUUAAUGAUGGCGGCAACAAUGUCGAUGGCGAAAGCGACAGCAGCUGCUGUCGCCACGGUCAGUGAUGCGUUUACUGCGUUGAUGGCAGCGACAACAACAACAACGGCAGCAACGGCAACGGCAACGGCAACGACGACAACAGCAACGGCGGCAGCAGCAACAUUAGAAUUGGCCAACAAAGACGCUGAUUGCCACAAAUAUGGCAACAAUAACAACAGCAACAACAACAACAACUAUAAGCUGGCGAGCAGGACUUCGUAUGCCGCAACAGUUCCAGCCACAGCCACGCCCAUAUCCACAAACGCGGCCGUCAUGCAAACUAGUCAAGCAAUGGGCAUGGACAGCGCGCCAAAGCGAACAGCUUCUGCUCCUGCUCCUGCUCCAGCUGCUGCUGCUGCUCCUGCUCCUGCUCCUGGUGCACUGCCACUUGCAGAGCCAGCUGCAGUCCCAGCGCAUGUGAUAAAACCCGUGACAACGCUUGCUACGCCUGCUGCCCUUCCCGCAGCUCAGCAGCAGCCGAACUUCAAGGAUGAUCCCGCAGGCUACUUGCAGCAGCAAACGGCGCUGCUGCACAAUACGCUGAGCGUGGGCCUGGAUGCUAAGCCAGUCACGGCAAACGCCACGGGCACGGCCACGGCCCGUGCACUGCCCCAGGAGCCCAUUGUGCACAGCUCCCAGCAGCAGCAGCAGCGUCGAGGCAUUCGACGCCUCUCUUUGCUCACCGCCGGCAAGUGGGAGCUGGAGCCAAGUGCAGCGUCUGGUGUUGCGCCUCGCUCGCUGCAUGUGGACACGGCCGCUGCCUUUGCGCGCCCACAGAAACCACAAAUUACCAGCAUUACGGUGGUGCCGGCGCCUCAGGAGUCGCCAGUAUCCAGCAGCGGGCCCGAGGCAGAAAAGCGCCCGGAGCAAGUGGGCGCCAUCUCAACCAGCCACGAGAGCCCGCGACACAGCCUCUCCCCGCCCACAGACUCACUAGACUCGGCCAAGAGCACGCCCAGCGCCUCGCCCAAGCCGCAACAGGCGCAAAUUCAACUGCAGAUGCGUCAGCCCCAGGUGCAAGGCCAGGCCCAGCCCACGGCGCAGCUGCGUCUGCUGCGCCAGCAGUGCCAGCCCAUAGUGGGCCCGGCUCAGAGGCAGGCAAUGGCCAACAAUGGAGCAGCGACGCUCACGCGCAGCAUCGUGACGACCACGGCGGGCAUGAGUCGUCCAGGCACCACGCUGAGCAGCGCCAACUCCGCUGUGGCGCAGCUGCAGUCGAUGGCGAACAACAGUGGCGGCAACCAGCUGAUCAUGACCUCCUCUGGCCAACUGCUGGUCAUACCCAACGCUGGCAAACAGCAGCCAAAUGCUGCGCAGGCUCAGCGGCCGCCGCAGGCAGCCCAGCUGCAUGCCCAGCCGGGCGGCGGCUACAUUGUUAGCCAACCUUCUCCGAUACUUAAUGCUGGCGGGGCUAAGCUGCUGCACCAUCAGAUUAUUAGCUCGCAGGCCAGCCAAAUCAGUCAGAUCAGUCCGGCGGGCUCGGCGGCGGCGUCGCAGACGGUGCUGCUCAACACAUUGGCCAAUGGCGGCUACAUCGUCCAUCACCAGCAGCAGCAGCAGCAGCAGCAGCAUCAGCAUCAGGAGCAGCAUCAGCAGCUGCUGGGCAUGCCACAGCCAGUUGCACCCAUUAUAACGUCGCCCGAGGCCAAGCGACGGCCACGAAAGCGCAAGACCUCCGUGUGCAGCACUCCGCCGCCGCCGUUGGUCUGUGGCGUAGGCGGCUCGCCGGCGAAGACGCAUUCGCCCCAGAUCUCGCCCAGCAUACCCAGCCAGGCGCCAGCCCUGCUGCAGCAAGCGGCCAAUGCCGCUGCCGUUGCAGCGCCCGCACCUCCGCCACAAUUCUCGCAGCAAUUCCAGCUGAGCCCGGGCAUUCAGGGCAUUGUGGUCAACAAGCCAGCGACGGCUGCACCCCAGCCGCAGCAGCUGCUGCUCCAGAAUGGCCAGAUACUGCAGCACGUGAAUCUCAUUGGGCAGCAGCUGCUUAUGCCAGCCGGCCUGGUCAUGGGCCCAGACGCAACGCUGCUGCAGAUACAAAAUAUGCCCACGACGAGUCUGCUCACGCAUCAGGGGCAGGUGAUGCUGCGCACGCCCUCGCCACAAAACAAGCCCUCCUUCAUAUCGCCCAGCGCCGGUGGCCAGCAGUAUAUUGUGGGCGCCAACGGACAGCUCAGUCCCAUUGGCCAGAUCUACUCGACGCCCAUGGGCUUGGUGAUGCCCGCAGCUCAGCAAAACGGCGCAUCCUUCGUACAGGCCAGUCCCACUGCCACCAUACAGAUUCAGCAGCAGCAGCAACAGCCACAGCAGCAGCCACAGCCACAGCAGCAGCAGCCGCAGCAGAUCAGCCUGCAGCCACCACAGACGACCAGCUAUGUCUCCGAGUCGCACACCAAUCGCCAAGUGACUGCAGCCAGUCCACCGGAUACCACAACGUGCAGCCCGCGCAGCCCCGAGCGACCGCCCAGUCAUCGCAGCAGCGGCAGCGGUGAUAUGGUGCAGUGCGUCUCUAGCUCAGAGCCGGAUGCGGCUAUUUCGCCACAAAGCGUCGAGAGUCGCCAGUCACCCUCGUCCACGGACUGCGAGCGCACCAUCUGCAGCAGCAACUUGUUUAGCCAGCCCAGCAGCAUCUAUAAGCCAACGGAGCCGAAGAUUCGACGCAUUCACAUCACAGCGCAGCAGGCGUCGACGGAGAGCAAUCACGCAGUGGGACUUAUGGGUCAAGGUAUGCGAUUGACUAGCACCACAUCCCUGUCCAUCUCAUCGUCAUCGUCGGCUACAUUGUCAACACCAUCAAUAACAACCGCGGCGACGGGUCGCCAAGUCAUGCACCACCAACACCACCAGCACCACCAUCACCAGCAGCCCCCAACCUCGAAUAGUCAUCAAAACGUCUAUGUCCAUAAUCACAAAGUAGUUAGCGUUGACUACCAGGAGUCGCCGACCACCACACAGCUGCCGCCCAUUUCGGAUGCACCGGCGCUCAGUGAAGCUGCACCACUCAAAGCCAGCUGCCGCACGCCCACGAAACGGGCACGUCGACUCCAUCGCACGUUGGCCAGAAAUUCGCCAAAUGGCGUGGCUCUGUUGCCACCGCGCACAUUUGCCAUUGGCGAGCUGAUUUGGGGGCCGGCGCGAGGACAUCCCGCCUGGCCCGGCAAGAUAGUCAAGAUGCCCGACGGUGUCUGCACACCAUCGCAGCAGUUCGAUCACGUGUGGGUGCAGUGGUUUGGCGGCGGCGGCCGUUCCACCUCCGAGCUAAUACCGGUCAACUUGUUGCAGAGCCUUUCCGAGGGCUUGGACGCGCACCACAAGGCGCAAAAGGACACCAGAAAGAGCCGCAAACUGAACUCGCAACUCGAGCGGGCAAUACAAGAAGCAAUGACUGAGUUGGAUAACAUUUCAGCCUCGGCAACCGCAGCAGCAGCAACAGCAACAGCAGCAACGCCAGCAUCCGCAGUAAUUGGCCACCAGCUGCAACAGCCACAGCAGCAACAUCCCACAUCCACCAACAACGCCAGCAAUGGAAUGGUGCGCGGCAAGCGCGCAGGAGCCAUGCCAAGUGGACAGACGAACGUUGGGGGUGCCAGCGUGACGUUGACCGCUAGCACGGCAGCCACACUGAGCGGCCUCUUUAGUCAGCAGCGUGCCAAGCCCAUACGCAUAGCGCCCGCUCCACCAACGGGCGUGCCGGCAGCAACAACAACUGGAGCAACUGCGACGGCGGCGGCAGCGGCAGCAGCCGAGAUCUUGAAGCUGGCCAAAUGACCAGCGCUGUCGGCGUUGCCGUCGACAGUAACCACAGCAAACUAUACGCUCGUCAUUGGCCACAAGUAGAGGCAGCUAUAAACAGUAUAUAUACAGAUAGAGAUAUAUGCUAUAUAUAUAUAUAUAUAUAUUCAUACAUAUGUGUAGUUAGAUGUCAGCCCCAAACUGUCUAUAAUUUUCUAUCGAAUUACGACUCUGCUUAGUUGCGCCUGUGCGGCGUUGCCACAUCUUUGAAAUAGACAAUAAAACAAUAUAAAAAUGUUAACGGAAACGAAGUUACAAAGCGGAAGAAGGAAAUUUAGAGAAAGGAGAGCGAGAGAGAUAGAGAGAAUGGUUGAGCAAUAAGCAAAGAAUAGUUUUCGGUUGCUUACGCAAAACUCAGUUGUUUUUUUUAAAUGUGUAUAUAUUAAUAUAGAUGGAUCAGAUGAACAUACCUAUUAUUGUCAAUAUAUUGAACAGAUUGUAAAUGUUUAGGUACAUAUUUAUUUAUUGCGUAUAGA